AUGAGUGUAGAAAAUCCAGCAAGUGAUAAUGAUUGUGAAGCAGGAAAGGUAAACGGCAAUAAAACUGAACACGUGAACGGCGUCCACAACGGCUACAGCAGUUCUGAAAAGCAUAAAAGUAGUCACAAGUCUUCUAGCAAAGACAAGCACCGCGACAAAGAUCGUGACCAUAAAAGCUCAUCCAAACACAGCAGUAGCUCAAGCAGGGAUAAGGACAAACAUUCAAGUAGUAAAAAUCAUAGCAGCUCACACAAAUCGUCCAGUAAAGACAAGGAUCGCGGAGAUCAUAAAGAUCGCAGUGAAAAGAGUAAAGAACGUACGGAUAAAGACAGGGAACGUCAUGAUAAAGAUAGACACCGUAGUGACAAAGAAAAAAGUAGGAGUGAUCGAGAAAGAAGUGAUCGUGAAAAGCAUAAGAAUGUUAGCAGUGAUGCAGAAAAGAAGUCAUCAAAGGACAAGGAAAGAGAUAAAGAACACAAGAGCUCUUCUUCAUCAAAAGAUAAAGAAUAUAAAUCCAAGGAUCGGGACAGGGAACAAGAGAAAGACCACCACAGGAGUGACAAGCAUCGUAGUGAUAAACACUCCAGUUCAAAAGAUAAACACAGCUCCAAGCAUAAAGAGAAGAACUGUGAACAGCUGGACAAAAUAAAAACAGAAUCAAUGUAUCAAGAGUCUCUAAUUAAAAAUGAACCUUUGCAGUUAGAGCGGAUGGCAGCAAAAAAACGUGCAGCCAGUGAGAGUGAGGAAGAUACUCCAUUACUUCAACGUAAGAAAUCAAAGAAAAAAGUGAAAAGGGAAACAAAUUAUGAUGAUGAUAUGGAAGAUGAUGAAAUUCCAAAAAAAAAGAAAAAGAAGCCUGAAAAACCUAAAUCUACUAAGGUAAAAUCUGAACCAGAUGAUGGCCCCAGUCCAACUAAACGCAAGAAAAAACAGGAUGAGGAACAAGAAGUUUGGAAAUGGUGGGAAGAAGAGAAAAAAGAUGAUGGAACGAAGUGGAAUUUCCUUGAACAUAAGGGACCCCUAUUUGCACCAGAUUAUGAGCCUUUGCCAGAAAAUGUUAAAUUUCGUUAUGAUGGUUUGACUGCUAAGGUCUUUCGUACUUACAAUGCAUCAAUUACUUUACAAAGGCAAUUGGAUGAACUGACUGACCCUGAUGCCUCUGUACCUGAAAAAAUUUUAGCCUACAAUAGAGCAAAUCGAGCAGUGGCAGUACUUUGUAACCAUCAGCGUGCUGUGCCUAAAGGUCAUUCUAAAUCAAUGGAGGCUCUUAAAGAAAAGAUACAAGCAAAGCGAGACCAAGUAGAUGAGGCAGAAGAGGACUUGAGAGAAGCAACAAAAGCAGCAAAACGAGGUUCAGUCAAAGAAAAAAUUGCUUGUGACAAAAAGAAAAAGGCUUUAGAACGAUUGAAAGAGCAAUUGAAAAAAUUGGAACUCCAGGAAACUGAUCGCGAUGAAAACAAAACAAUAGCCUUGGGAACCUCCAAACUUAACUAUCUUGAUCCUCGCAUUUCAGUAGCUUGGUGCAAGAAACAUGGUGUUCCCAUUGAAAAAAUUUACAACAAGACUCAGCGUGAUAAAUUCCGUUGGGCAAUUGAUAUGGCCGGUCCGGAGUAUGUGUUC